AUGUUUCUUGCUGAAAAAGAUAUGGCAGCAAAAUUACGCGCGGUGACCUUCUUGGGACUACGAGAAGUCUCCCAUGUUGCCCAACCACGUAGGCUCUUUACUGAGUUUUUCAAGUAGCGUAUAACAGCUGUUCUCGUACUUUUAGAUUGUAUUUUUAAAUCUUUCUUCUUGUAAAGGUAAAAACGUUUAGGUCAGUGUUGAAAGUACACCUCGAUUCAACCAGAUACACAGAUUGUAGGAAAAUAUUUUCAGUAGGGACGAAAGUUUGCUUCCUGAAUGUAAGUGUUUUAAAACACAAAUUCCAUUGUCCACUUUAAUACACAAACAAGGUUCAACUGCAUUUUACAUCUACUGCACGUCAUUGUCCCCCCGGCCCUUCCCGCCCCCCCAUAUCGUUAACGUAGCAAAUUUAAAGUCGUUUAAGAUCUUUUAUUGUUACUUUUUUAUCAUCAUUAUUUCCUUCGUCUAUUUCUUCCUAUUAAUUUAUUUAUUUAUCUAAUGAUCAUUUCAUCUUACGCUCCAAGUUAAGUAUUUGUCCCUAAAUUUCCUGACCCAUCAAUUCUUACAAUCAGUUCUUGACAUCAGACUGAUAUUGUGUGCUACACAAACAAGUCACGAAUACAAAUCUUGGACUACACUGUUUCGUUUUGUUUCAUUUUGUUUCAUUUUGCUUCACUUUUGCUCAGAGUUUGCAUUUUGUUUUGUUUUGUCAUGUCUUUUUCUUUUUGAUGUCGUUCAGAGAUACUAAGCAUGGUCUUACCAGUCGAUAGGUGUGUGAAGGUGUGUUAGGAGAAACUAAACGGAAGCGACGUUUUAGAUUAACACAUAUUUUUGGGAAACCCUGUAUGAAAGCAAUUAAGGACUUUCUGUGUGCACAUGUCCUCCUCUGAAUGUGCACCAGGCCGAUUGAGACAAUUGACAGAAUUUGUGAAAAUACCAGACACAGUCGAGGGUUUGCACAAACUCGAAUUAAUUCAACCCCCUCGUGUUUAGACGAAGUUAAACACGCUAAAUGACGACGGAAAAGUCCUCUAUUGCUCAAACCAUUUUUCCAUUUCAGCUCCUCGUCUCCGUGUUAGUUCUUCGCUCAUUAAUUGCAACUACGAAGACACCUGUGAGGAGCACAAUAAAACCAUCGGUAACACAGAAUGAUUCGAGAACUCCAACAGUCCUUGCAUCAUCGCCAAAAGGUUUAGUUCCAGACGUCGGAAAGCCUUUAUUAUCUAAACCACCAUCAACAUGGGUGGACGUUCGCUUGGUGAACAAAAGAGGGUUUUAUUUGAUCAUGUUUGAAAACGGAACAAUAGCUGGCAGCUGGAAGAGGUUUUUAACAACGAGAUAUGGUAUGGACAAUCUGCAAAUUAAGACAGGGCCCACAGAUUGACUUUUACUGGGGGAGGGGAGGGGUGAGGCGAGGGGCGGAGCGAAGACCAAGGAAUAAGCUAAAUCAAAGCGGAAGAGUUAGCCUACUAUGAGUGGGAAGCAGAGGAAUCUGGUUAUGACCUUCUUGGAAACUGGGGUGCUAUCACUGGAUAAGGCGUCCGUACCCGGCAGUUUUGGUGUUCCAGUAGAAUACGUUUUUCAGCAAAGCCGAAUUAGAACUUUCAUGUGAUAGAGAUGAAUAUAAAUAACGUUUGAAUCAAGUACAAAUAUCACACCGCAGAUUUUGGACAGUUGGUUAUUUUUUGCUGUAUAAACACCUGUUUAAAUGCUCAGCUGCGCGUGCCUCGCUCCUCUAUCUACUUCGCUUUCUCCGCCUAACAAGAAAUAAGAUAAUGUAUAAAAUAGAGCAGUUAGAUAACAAAUAACUUAUAAGACGUUUUGGUGUGUAGCAUUGUUGAGUACUUUUACUCUAUGUUCGUAUUUUGACUCGCCUUACGGGUUCGUAAAAAAUACGGCACAACUCGUAACAAUACUCAGCGAUACUACAUACCAAAACGUCUUAUAAGAUAUAUAUAUAUAUAUAUAUAUGUAUAUUAGCGCGCGAAACUAGUCUAAUCCAUAGUUUUUAUUGAGAUCGAGAACCCUUUGUAAUUUUUAUUAUGAUAAAUCAACUAACUGAGUGACUUGUCCUGACGACGGAAAAUUUUCAUGGAUGUUCCUAGUUUGAAUGUCAACCUAAUCAGUACAUUUGUAGAUAUUCUAACAGUAGACUUCUGUAUUUUUAUCUUAGGGCUGUUUCGCAUUCAGUCUCACGGGACGGGCAUUGUAAAGUUGAAAAGUUUGACAACAAUGAAAUACAUCGCGAUCGGCAAUCUUGGGCAAAUUUAUUCCACGGUAAGUAGCUAUUAUUGAGAAACAGCUCAUCACUAUGAACACUGAAACAGGGUUUAAUUAGUUCCCUCUGAACAGUGAAGGUUGUUUAUCCUUAGGUGGGUUCACGUUCUUGUUAUCGAACUAAAGGAAAGACCUGAAUCGGUUACUAAAGUUUUUAUUUUUAAACCAUAGUUUUGGUCUGUAUGUUAUGAUAAAAGCAGUACCUAGUUGAGAGCUGGGUGACACGCCCACGCCCAGUGCCUUUGUCAAAGGCAUUGAAAACGUAAAAUGUUUAAAUCUUGUGAUGCUCAUCAGAGUACUUGUAGCAUUAACACACAAUGUUGUUCAAGUCUGCGUGGGUUAUGUGUCUUCAGUUAGCAGAUGCGAUGCAAAUGUCCUUUAUUUUCCAGGCCAACUCGUCCAAUGAAGACACUUUAUUGAAGCACGCUCAGGAAGAGAAUCACUUCUACUCUUUUAGCUCCUACCUGUAUCCCACCACUCAAAACCACUCGAACAGGAAAUGGCUGCUAGCGAUUGGAUCGAAAGGACGAAUAAGAAACGCUUCAAGGGUGUCACCACUACACAAAUCACAUCAGUUCCAAAUUAGUAACAUACGAGAAAACAGCGGGAAAAGCGACGUAAAGGCUUUGGUACAUCUUGUAGAGCAUAGAGGAAAGUGA